CGGAAGCGGGAGCGGCGGGAGCGGUAUAAGCGAGCGGCGGCGCAAGUAACAGAAGAACACUACUCCUCUGUGACUUUGUGCUAAAUCAGGCAAAAAUGUCUGCAGCAUGCAACUUCAUUGCGCUCCACACUGGGCAGAAGAUGCCUUUCAUAGGACUGGGAACUUGGAAAAGUGAUCGUGGUCAAGUGAAAGAAGCAGUGAAAUAUGCCCUAAGUGUGGGUUAUCGCCACAUUGAUUGUGCAGCAGCUUACUGCAAUGAAGCAGAGAUUGGUGAAGCUUUCCAGGAAUGCCUAGGGCCCAACAAGGUUAUUAAAAGGGAGGACCUGUUUGUAACAUCAAAGCUCUGGAAUACCAAGCACCACCCAGAAGACGUAGAGCCAGCACUAAGGAAAACGCUUGGAGAUUUGAAACUGGAUUACCUGGACCUGUACCUCAUGCACUGGCCUCAUGCCUUUGAACGAGGGGACAAUCUCUUCCCAAAGAAUGCUGAUAACACGAUGCGUUAUGAUUACACUGAUUACAAGGAUACCUGGAAGGCUAUGGAGAAGCUGGUAGAAAAAGGUCUUGUGAAAGCCAUUGGGCUGUCAAACUUCAACAGUCGUCAGAUCGAUGAUGUACUAAGUGUGGCUGCUGUUAAGCCAGCUGUGCUCCAGGUAGAAUGCCAUCCUUACCUAGCUCAGAACGAGCUGAUAGCUCACUGCCAGAAACGAGGACUGGUUGUCACUGCCUACAGUCCCCUUGGUUCUCCAGAUCGCACAUGGAAACGCCCGGAUGAGCCCACGCUUCUGGAAGAACCUGGGAUCAAAAAACUGGCAGAAAAAUACAGCAAGUCACCUGCACAGAUCAUCCUCAGAUGGCAAGUGCAGCGUAAAGUGGUUGCCAUUCCCAAGAGUGUGACUCCUGCUCGCAUUCAGCAGAAUCUCCAGGUGUUUGAUUUCAGCCUCACAGAAGAGGAGAUGAGCCACAUUGGAAGCCUGAAUAAAAACUGGCGUUACAUUGUGCCAACAAUUACGAUGGAUGGAAAGCUAGUAGCAAGAGAUGCUGGACACCCCCAUUACCCCUUCAAUGACCCCUAUUAACUACUAGAAAAUAAGGUGUUAGUGUAACGUGCUCCUCUGUGUGCCCUUCCACAAAAUAAUUGUUGCCAUAAUUUGUCAAAAACCCUGUCCAAAUAAAACCUUCCUUCUCGAGUAGGUUAAUUUACAGUGUACCGCUUCUAGUUGACCUCCUUUCUGGAGAUACUCUGCCUUCCAUGUCAAAGUUUGUGGAUCUGUAACAAUGACUACAAGCUUGCUCCUGGAAGCAUCAAAUCUUUUGGGGAUUAGAUAAAGGUUGGGGAAGACUAAGUCAAGUUCCAAACAUGUCGUUAUCAGGCUAGUAGGGCAAUACUUUGGGUUUACUGCCCGUGAAAGAGUUUUGAAAGCUUUAGUUAUUACCAUGAAGGGAGAGAAAAAAAAUCAGCGUGAAGGCAUGAAAGCAUUUUAAGACUGAGCAACUGCUCAGCCAUCAACUUUAAUAUGUUUAAUAUUUUUUUUAUACAAGGAAUAAAGUAAAAUGUGCUACAGUUGCACUAUUUCCAUAAACGAUUAAAACCCAAGUAACCAGCCAUGCCCAGUGCUUUUUAUCCACUUUAGAGUACUUGUGGGACUUGGAAUUCUCUAUUUUGUUUUUCUUUUAAUUCGCCUGUAGAUUUAAGGAGAAUAAAUGCAUACCCUGCCUCAGGCCUUCAGGGUAGUCCUCUCUGGUGCUUGUCACAGGGAUAGGUUUCAGCUCUGACAAUAGUUCUGAUCCUCCUACCACAAAAGCCUCAAGAAAUCUUUAGUAAGUCUUGCAGAAAACCACCCUGCUUUUCCCGUGAAGUUGCCCAGUGUCUCUUUACCAAAGAUGUCCAGUUUGAGUUCUGCAAGGUCACAAAAUUAGUUCCUGACUGUGCAGUGAGAGCAAUGACCUGUCAGAGGGCCCCUGCCGUUUUCAUGUUGCAAUUCUAAUGAGCUGGUCCUGUCUCCUGUCCUACCGCUGGCCUGCGGGCAGCGCCGGGCAAGUCACUUGCCUUUCCUGUGCCUCUGUUACUCUGGCAGGGAGGAAUUUACUGAGUGCUGAUACGCUGUUGAGCAGGACUGGAACUCUAGCUCUAACAACGGUUUUAUUUUGUUUCAAUCUCAUAAUGAAUUGUCUAGCCAUCUGACUACACAUGCUGUCUUAGCACCUGCCAGCACUCUGGUGGUGAUACCUUCUGUGGCCUUAGCAAUGUUAACACUUUAUUUUGGUUUAGCAAGGCAGAGUUUCUAAAGGCCUCUUGGAUUUAAAACAAAGGCACUCUUUCAGAGCUGUUGAUGCCAUUCAGAGACAGUCAUAGGCACGACUCCUCAUUUGCUGCCAGAUAAAGAAAGCUUAACUGCCUGUAAGUGAAGUAACACAUUUUAUUUUUCACAUAGCAAUAACAAACACAGAAUUAGAAAAAAAAAUCCUCUGCAUUCACAUAGUUCAAAAAAUAAUUAGAUUCUUUGAGUUUUGAUAACCUCAUUUAGAGUAGGCCUAUAGUAAAAUUAUACAUUCAUCUCAAGCAUCAUUCCUCCUCAAGUAUUUCCUGCCCUGGGCCUCAGCAUGCAGCUGAAUGGGAACAAGCCUGUUUAUUGCUUUUUGUAAUCCUUAUGUAGAAUUUAAAGAACUUCUGUUCCUCAAUAAAGUGUUUCCUAAUUCCUGCUGAAUUUACCUCAGUGGAGAAAUCCAUUCCAGCUCAGUUAGGAAUCUUUACUAGACUGGACGCUUUCUUCUAAGGGAAAUGAAAUCCCUAUUGGCUUUUUAUUCUAAUCAAACACGGGUGACUUUGAAUACGGUUCUUACUGCAAAUCAUUAGGGAAGCAAUUUUACUUUGAAGGAGCUAUGUAGAAUGUUAACAGCGGUCGUCCUACCAAGUGGCUUUUGUUGCGUGUAUUUCAGCUUGCAUGCUUGCAUGUCUUAAAUAAAUACUGUACUCGGUGUA